AUGUCUCCAUACAAGGUCCUGAUCCUUGAUCUGUGGACAAUUUGGAUAUCUCGUUCUAUACCAUACAGCUUCAGUCUGUCGCCCGAGACCUUCAAAAACAUCACUUCUUCCGCAGUAUGGUUCGAGUACGAACGCGGAUUGAUCACGGAAGAAGAGUGCUACCAGCGGUUGGCCGAUGCUUUCUCCCUCAAGUUGUCAGAUGUGGCAACAGCCUGCGCAGAGACGAGAGCAGUGGCAAGGGAAGAUACGACAUUACCAUCAUGGCUUCGACAGUUGCGACGAGACAUGGGCGACGACCUUGCGGUUUACGCAAUGUGCAACAUACCGGAGCCAGAAUUUACAGCUCUGCGGCUGAGCUGUGUAGACUGCGAUGUCCUGGAUCACAUUUUCACCUCUAGCCAUGUCCAUAAGCGAAAACCUGACCAGGCCUUUUACAAACACGUCCUCCGUGCUGUCCGAGUGAGGCCUGAGGAGGCCAUCUUCGUGGACGAGAGUCCAGAUAGCGUACUCGUGGCGCAAUCCAUUGGAAUGAAAGCACUUCAUUACUCCGGAACAGAUUUCCGUCGACAGAUCUCAAAUCUGCUCCAAGAAUCUGUCCCAAGAGCACAUGCUUUCCUGACCAGAAACGCGAAGGAGUUAUACAGUACCACGAACACCGGACAUACCAUGAAAGAUAACUUCACACAGCUUUUGAUCCUGGAAGCUUUGAAUGACCGCGAUCUCGUCGAUCUCCGAGAACAUUCGAGAACUUGGAAUUUCUUUCAAGAAAAGCCUGUCCUCACGACCGAGAAGUACCCAGACGAUUUCGAUACCACCAGCGCCGCUAUCCUGGUACUGGAACCGAAGGACGAAGCAUUAGUACACUCCGUCUUGGAUGAAAUGCUCGAGUACUCCAGCGUUGACGGCAUCUUGCACACCUAUUACGAUCAUGUCAGACCACGUAUCGAUCCCAUUGUGUGCAUAAACGUCCUUCGGCUCUUCUCCAAGUAUGGGCGUGCUUCCGAGCUUUCUCGUACUGCGCAGUGGGUUCGAGAUGUCCUCUACCACCGAGCGUACCUCAACGGGACACGGUAUUACCCGACCGCAGAAGCGUUUUUAUACUUCUUUAGUCGUUACCUCGAGACCACCGAAGAGACGGUAUUGCGGGAUAAGCCGGACCUCAUCGUCGUGCUAAAGCAGUGCCUUACGGAGCGACUUGGAACGAAAGGCGACGCUCUUUGCAUUGCCAUGCGCCUGCUAGCUGGUGCUUACGUAGGUAUACACAGCCCUCUGGACCUGGCAGCGCUGCGGUCGAUGCAGUGUGAAGAUGGCGGCUGGGAGGCAGGCUGUGUGUAUCGCUAUGGAUCGACUGGGAUAUCUAUUGGCAACCGCGGAUUAGCAACGGCUCUGGCUGUGGGUGCAAUAUCAAAGCAAAAUGCCUUGACGGCUCCACCGCAGAAGGACGAUGCCGUCAAUGGUGGCCCGGUGAAGAGAUUGACGAAUGGUUAUCCUAAUCAACCCAGGGAACAGAAACACCUUGAUGGACGGGUCAACGGACCUGAUGAGGCGGCUCACUGCAGUGGGCAUUUGCAAGUCAACGGGGAUGCUCACCCACUCGAUGGUCACGCUCACCUUGGAAACGGCGGUCCGGUCAUUGACGGCGUUGAAGUGGAUGGUCAUUGA